UUAUUCAAUCUGCUCCUAGUACAUCUGCCUAGCAUUUCUGUUUAAUUAUAAGAGAAAAUUAUGCCUUGGAAAAAUAUAUGAUAAUUUCAUUAUGACAUGAUUCCAACAUUUUUUCAAUAAUCUAAAAAUAAAAUAAUUUUAAAUGAUAAAUUAAAUGAAAAUAUUUUAUCACAAUAUAAUUAGGUACUCAAUACUCAAUUUCUUAUUACUCUAUUUUAAUUGGUCGAGCAAACAUGCACGUUGUUGAUUCUACUCCAAACAGAUUCUACUCCUAUUCAAAACUAAAUUAAUUUUUCGGUGUCAAGUUUCGCUUCAAAAUUAUAUUUAUUGAGUUUGUAAAAAAUACUGAACAAAAUAGAAUUUCAUAAUGUUUCCUUACGAUCUAGCACAAACCAAUCCAAAUCAAUUACUUGUUGAGAAUUUUGAGUAUAAUGCUCUAUUGGGAAAGGCACUUACCGAACUUUUUCCUAUGAAUGAGAGAUUCAUAAUCAAUAAGUGGUUGACAAGAUUUCAAGAGAUGUGCCACUCCCCGGAGCAAAUGCUGUACAGGAGUCAUUACAUGUGGUUUCUGUUGUUGGUCAUGAAGCGAGGAAAACUCACUCCUCCCUUCAAUGGACCCCCUCCACCAGGAACACUCAAACCACUUCAUGAAGUCUUGCCAAUUGAGGUGUAUGAAGACAUAAUGACGACUGCUUCAACCGAAGGUCAGCAUUCCUGGAUUGACCGUAUUGUCGAUGAGAGCAAAGAGGACCAAUCCAAGAAAGGAUUAUUCCCUCAGAACUUUCUAGAAAAUCAGCCGAUGCCAAGGGAAGGAUCUUUCUGCUAUGGCUGUGUGUUCAGUGAUUUCAGUACCACUCCAGAUAUGACUGUCUAGUUUCAAAAAUCCAGUAUUUAUAUAGUCUUUCUUCAAUAUGCUCUGUAAAUCUUGUACUUGAUCUGUAAUAAAGUGUUGUCAUACUAUU